AUGUGUUCAGGUUGUUCCACGUCUUCCACCGAACCGCGUCUUGUUUGGAGUGAGGACGUGGUGGUUAUGUGGUCGCGAGUUGAGACAGUGAGACAGGUCGUGGUGAAGCACUGGCAGUGCCUCUUGUGUUCAUGUGAAUUCGACGUGGUGGAUCGCCUCCUAGCUGUGUUUGCGAGAAUAUGUGCAUGGCUACUUGGAGCUGACGGGCUGACGUACCAGGAGAUGGAUCAUCUGCAGGAGCUGAACACUGGCUCUCUGUGCGCCACGCCACACGCCACCUCUGGUCUGGCCGAGGACCUGAAGGCGCCAUGUGCGCGCCAUCUCCACCUGUCCGCCUACUGUCUGGAGGAGAAGGUGCCGCGGAUGUUCGAGUUGCUCGCCAAACGUGUGCGUGCAAACGACUGGCUCGACUGUGUGCGCAUCCAGACCCUGGUGAACAUGCUGACGGCUGGCGACUGGUCUGCCAACUCACUGUCGCAUGAUGCCCACCGGUUUGCGAUGCGUCGGGCCUCAGCGAACCUCUGCUCCACUGGUCGCAUGUCGGAGCUGUGGUCUGGCAUUGAGCAGGCCGCGUUCAUGCGUCGUCUUGCCAAACUCCUGACCAAUCCGGACGAGGUCGAGCGUAGUCGAGCGUUCGACGACUUCAUCGACAAGAUGAAGGCGAUUGCUGACCACGCCCUCAAGUCCAACCGACUCAGGUUCAGUCUCCACGGAGAGGAAGGUGACUUAGCGGAGGCUUGUAAGCACCUCGAGUUCUUUAUCACAGAAUUGCCCAACUCCGAGAGUGGUGUUGGCACUCACACACCCGAUCCUCCUGAACUCACGCAGAAUGUCUACGUCGCUCUGCCAUACUCG